UUCACACGACAUUCCACUAGCUUGGGGUUGAGACCUUGAGGUGAAAACCUCCAAAGUUUUUCUUUUAUUCAAUCAGUUCCUGGUGAAGAGGUUCCGAGGUUUAUCAUAUCACUGUGUAUUGGUAUAAUAGGCACGAUGUUCGACGAACUCCAGAAAUUACUAGACGUUGCUUCGAUCAAGAGGGAAGUUGUACUGUUUUUCCUAGUCGUGAUUCCGAUUUUGUUGGUGUACCUGGGAGUCUCCUUGUAUCUUCUGUACGCAGUGUGUUGCAAUUUGCAGAAAAAGAAAAAGAUAAAGUCGAAGGAAGUGCAAACCGACGACAAAAUAACUUUCGUCAUGAACAUAGACGGAAAAUUCUUGGGCCAGCGAGAGACUACUGCAGCGGAAACCACCGAAAACUGUACUAAACUACCAACCAGCCCUCUUACCAGCACGCUUAGAACUCCUGCACAAAGCGCCCUGUGCGAGGUCAUCAGGAGAGAGAACCUGAAUGCGCUCAAGUCUUCCCUUCGCAAAACGCAGUCUGAUCCCAUCAGUCCUUUAAAAGAUGCAGGAGAUAAAAUUAACGGACUGCAGGUAGAGCUGGAGGAAAAGGUUGUAGUCAUCUCUAGUACGAAAAGUAGCAGUGAUUCAGACUUGUUCAUUUCUGGAGUUCACAAUUCAUCAAUGAAAGAAAUUUCUACUGUUGUCUCUUCUGUGAAAACUGCCACGUCUUCCGCGGCAGCAGAAGUCUCGCCUGUUCAUUCGCACAGUGACCUCUCCAAGAAGAAAGUUGGCGAAGUUAUAUGUUCACCUUCCAAUGUUUAUCAGGAUCUUGGUGACCUCGCCAGGAAUGAGUCUUCACCUUCUAGUCUCCCAUUUGUCGAAAUCGAUUUGGGUAAUGCCUGAUGAUUCACUAUUGUAUAAAG